AUGGACAUUGAGCAGUUCUUUAAGAAUUGUCGCAACGUAUUGGAUGCCCAUCAUGAUCGUCGUGAACGUAUUAUCAAACUGUCAAGAGAUAUCACGGCUCAGAGCAAAAAGAUGAUCUUUGCUUUACACAGAGCUAUUCAACGUGGUACCGAUUACAAGGAGGCAAAGUCAAAGCAGGAUGAGAUCAUGGGCUUAUUUCGACAACUUGCACCUGAAGUGGAGGGUCCCAAUUAUGAGAGAUAUGCCAGGAGCUUCGCUGGUGCGUUUGAGGAAUUUAUCGAAGGCAUUGCAUUCUUCCAUUAUCUUGAAAAGGGCACGUUGAUCACUAAAGAGGAAGUGGAUAACUAUUUCAAGGAUGAGGAAGGAAAGCAGUGGAUCGAAGUACGAGCCCAAGAUUAUGUGUUGGGCUUGGCUGAUUUCACUGGCGAGUUGAUGCGUUACGCUAUAUCAGCUGUUACAUCUGGGAAUUACAAGCAUGCCAUGGAUAUCUGCACGCUGUUACGGAAUAUUAGCACAGAUUGCGAGAUGCUUGCCGGAUCAUCAUUACCGAUAUUGAACAAAAAGAUGGGAGCAAUGCGAGCAAGCGUUGGAAAGGUUGAACGAGGCAAGUAUAUAGCAACAUCCAUUACACUAUAUCUUUUGACCUUACACGACAUGAUGACAGCUUGCUAUGCAUUUCAAAUCCGAGGAAGCGAGUAUCCCAAGGAGAUGUAUCAGAGCAUUAUCCGCGAUCAGCAAGCACGGUUUGAAGAAGGACGAAAAGGAGACGAUGAUGCUUGA